AUGUGGGCGGCCGUGUAUUUCACGAGAACGAAGACUUCAGACGUAGUUCCAAUGACAGACGUCAUCGGUGAGCCGCUCGUAGGGCGACUCACCAAAGCCAAGUGGUACGGUAAAACCUACAUGGCAAAGAUAAUGUGCAUUGGCGACAGAGAAACUUGUGAAAAUAAAUUACCCUUGAUCACGGAAGAAGGGGAGGUCCAAAAUCCGGCAUUCAGCAGGUGCACCGGGACCACUCUAGAGAAUAAUAGCUUAGUAGCUUCAACGGAGAGACAAAUGCUGGAAAGGCUCACAAGUUCCGUUGGGGAAAUUAACGCGAAAUUGGACCGAAUCGAAUCAGAAAUGGGAACUCGAGCACUGCAACUCGAGGCAGUGCAACAACGACAACGCCUUCUGGGGGUCGGAGUUGAGACAAGGACCAACUCACAGGAAAUCCUGAAAAGAACGCCAAGAAGAAUCGACAGCGAAGGUGAACUGGCGUACGAUUACGCCAGUCGUCCCUUUUUGGAAGGCUUGAGAAAAUUAGCAGGGGGGAACGUAAAUAAGUUCGCGUUAGACCUCGAAAAAGAGGUCUACGCGAGCAAUACAACGGAGCUCACCCUACCCGUGGAAAAGCGGGUGACCACAGCAACACGGGUGAGCUUUAUAAAAGAAUGUAUUUAUAAGUAUUAUAUGGUGCCGGUGGAGACCCGUCAAAGCGUCUGGAAAGCUGCGAAAGCAGCUUUGGACUCCAGGGUGAGGAGGCUAAGGUGCUCCGCCGGCACCACACCUUCAAGGUCUGCGGCUGUGUUCGAAUUUGAAGAAGAAAUGGACGAUUAA